UGAUUCGCAUUCAGAAGUAUAUAUUCCAAAAGACCCAUUAGUAGCUGCAAGAUUUACAGAGAGAAUCAAGGAAGAACCGAGAGUACAAAUUGGGAUGGCUCUCAUUGUGAACUAUGUUCUCGGAGACCCAUCAGUUGUUUCAGAAUGUGCCAACAAGAUUAAGGAAGAGGCGAAAGGAAAGGGUGAACAGGAUAGAGCAGAGGCUACUGUUGCUCCAUUUGCUGAGGAUUUUGUUCUUGAGCAGGAUACUCUCAACAUUAAGAAAGAGGAGGAUUUGGAGGAUACAUCAUUAUCAAAUUUGGAAGUUACAAACAGCACUAAACAAGAAGCAGAAGUAACAUUUGAUGGGGAUGGAGCUGAGAAUUGUAAUUUGGAGGAUACAUCUACAAUAUUGGAACAUACGAACGACAUCAAACAAGAAGCAGAAAUAACAUUUGACGAGGAUGAAGUUCAGGAUUAUGUUCUUGAAGACCUGCUACCAGUUUCGGAAUGGACUAACAACAUUAAAAACGAGCCAGAAUUAACAAUCGACGAGGAUGAAAUGGAGAAUAAUGAUCUUGGUCGACCAUCAUCUUCGGAAUGGACUUAUAACAUUAAAGAUGAGACAGAAGCAGCACUUGAAGUGGAUCGUGUUGAGGAUAAUGACAUGGUCUCAACAGAAUAUGCAUCAAAUACUACAUGGUCCAGCCAGAUUAUGGAAAAAUUCCCCAGCACUUCACGAGGAAAUGUUCUUCAAAAACUGAUACACGACAGUAUCGGGAUCUUUCUCAGCAAGCAGCAUUCUGUUAACAGAGCAAAUGGCGCAAUUUGUAACUCUCAUAACAACCACGCAUGUAGCAGUGCAAGUUUUUGCUGUAAGCAGCGACACCUACGUGGCAACAGGUGAAGUGGUGUAGUUGUCAGUUACACCACUGUGCCUGCUACCAUUCUGAGUCACUGCAAUUCGCUGUGGAUGUUCCAAUGUGUGGCUGUUCCGG